AUGGAGGGCGCCGAGCCGGCAUUGCCGUGGAGCUCCUGGACCUGCUCCGACGUGGGGAGCUGGCUGUGCGCGCAGGGCUUUCAAGAGCAUGUGGACCUCUUCGCUGCCAAUAAGAUCUCUGGCGCCAUCCUGCCGGAGCUCACGCGCAACGCGCUGCGCGACGAUGUGGGCAUUGCGGCCUUCGGGGAUCGAGCCUGGUUGCCUCGUGAUGACAACGCGCUGGACCUCGUGGUGCUGCACGCCGCUCCGCUCGUGAUCAAGGAUAGCCGCCAUCGCAUUUACCCUAUGGAGAAGCUGGAUUUGGAGGCAGAACGCAGGGAGAUCAUCCAUUCUCUGCUCACGGACGUGCAACAUAAGGCCAUCCACGUGCGCUUCGACAUCGCCACUGCGGAUAUCCUACGCAGUCUCAUGACAGCCUGGAAGUGCACGGUGCUACACUUCUCGGGCCACGGAUUGGGGCAAAGAGCUGCUCUUUGCUUUGAAGAUGGAGCAGGCUGCACACAUUUAAUUACGCCCGAAGCACUGCGACAGUUGAUGUUCUCGGGUGAUCGAAGACAGCAGCAGGUGUCAGGAGCAGCGCCAGUAGAGAUCAAGACAGUUGACGCUGCAAUUGCAGGACCGAAGCCGCUGGAUGGCAAUGUACAGCUUGUGUUCGUCAAUGCAUGCCACAGUCAGAAGGUCGCAUCGGUGUUCUUAAACGCGGGGAUUCCACAUGUCGUGGCAGUGCAUUCCGACUCACUUGUGGUCGAUGCAUCGGCUACUAUGUUCGCAAAACACUUUUAUUUAUCACUUUUUCAUGGACAUACAGUGUCGACAGCGUUCGAGAUCGCCAAAGGUGCCGUGCGUGCACUCCCUACACAGAAGAGAGCUGCUUGCUGCUGCGCACAUCUCCACGAGCCGACGUGCACGUGGAUGCGAGAUGGAUCGCGGCAUUCGCAGCACAGUGCAACUCAAUGCUGUUGCAAGGGUCACGUGUUAGCAUUCCCACACGACGAAUCCAGCAAAUUCUUACUGCUAGGUACAGCUCCACACGAUGUUGUGCUUUUCGGUGAUAUUCCGAAUGGGAAUCUUCGCGACUACACGCCGCGAUAUCCGUCCAACAUACCGUCCAUGCAUGGUCAAUUUAUCGGUCGCAAUACUGAAACCUAUCUUAUGGUUAAAUCACUACGCGAGAAUGCCGUGACGGCGUGUUUGGGUGCGCCAGGCAUCGGGAAGAGCUCUCUUAUUAUUUCGGUCGCCCAUUUUGUGCACAGUCGCCGAAUGUUCUCUGAUGGUGUGUUUUACGUGGAUCUGGAAGGCCAGAAACUCUCAACGGUGCGGUAUGCCAUCGCUCAGAGCAUGGGUAUGCCUGCAGCCGACACGGACGAAGAAGUGUUUGCAGAAUUAGGGACCAAGAACUGCUUGCUAGUGCUGGACAAGGUUGAGGAGCUGUUGGACGAGGAUGAGAACAAGGGCGAAGAACUACUACAUCAGCUUAUAUCUGUUGCCCCGAACUUGAAAUUGCUUCUUGCCUCGCGACGCAACAUGCACAUUCCCAGCGUUACUCCGUACUCACUUUCAAUCUCGGAGCUACCACUGCAUACGGCGACGGAGUUGCUAUGUCUUGUCGCACCUGGUUGCUCAACUAGUCUAGCCGAGCGCCUAGCAAGGAUUUGUGGAUGCCUCCCACUUGCUAUCCGCGUUGUGGGUCGUGCGCUUGCUAAUGCACGAAUGACCGUCACACCUGAGCGUAUGAUCGAGUACCUGGAGCGUGACGAACACAGAUUCGAGACUAUUAGGGAACUCAACCAAGUGGGUCAUAAAGAGUGCGUGGAUCGAUGCAUCCGCUCAUCGUUUUGCCAUUUAGAUGAGCCAUUGCGAUUAGCCUUCAUGGCUUUUGGGUUCUUUCGGGGAAGUUUUGAGAUCGAAGCUGCUGAAGCAGUUCUUUCAAGUGUUUUCACGGAGCAGAAUGCUGCUGGAAAGUUGGCGAAAAGCAGUGGCUAUUCCUUGACAUCGUCAUCGCUAAGUGGUUCGGGUGGGGCAACCACGAAUUCUUCGAGCUCGACAUAUUUUCCUGCAGACGCGUACUCGAAGAACAACCGAAGUCGCAACCGAGAUGAUGACGCUUCUUCCGUUCGCAGUCUUGGGUCUCAACUUUCGAAUAUGGAUGGCUUUGGCUUCGAUAACGACGGAGCCAUGACAAAUGACAGCUACGACCUGCUCGAUCUAGAGAGUAGCGAAGAGGUGAAAGCCCGUGAAGUAAUUGUACCGUCGGCAAGUGUAGCUCUUGAGCUUCUUCACCAGUGGUCACUUGUGGAAUUCGACUCCAAGACGAAUCGAUAUCGUAUGCAUAAUCUCGUGCAGCUCUUUGCAGAGGAAGAAGCCGGUCGAAUGGGGGACGAGUGCUUUGCUGACCAAGCACCUACUUCAAGUCCUAAUUCUGCCCCUUCAUCGUUUGUGGCGGCAUCGAUGGGCGCUCCACCGACAAGUAUCCUGCUGGGUAAAGAGCUGCUCCUUACAUGGAAGAGACGUUUUGUGCGCUACUACUGUAUGAUCGUUGCCAAGGCAUCGCACGCUUACCGUUUUGAUGGCACGUUAGCGCUUUUCGACAAGGAACGCGCGAACAUUGAAUCAGCGAUGCGGUUAGCUCAUGAACUCACCCAGCAGAGCAUUGAACGAGUACGUGAGAGCAACAGCCGUGCCCAACAAGAGCUCGUAAGUGAUCAACUUGAUGAAGCCCCUCCUAGUUCUGCCAGUACGAUGAGGUCACAGAGCGAGCCAUCGUUUUUCAUGGAUGAUGGAAUUACGCCCAAGCCAAGUAUGGAACGUCACAGCAAAAGUUUUGCUGGAAAUACAAGCAAUAGUAGCAACACUCGGAGAUCUACCGGAGGCUCGGCGCUCAAUAACUCCUCUAUAGUUGACGCGCUUCUGUACAGCAAUUUGGUCGUGCGCUGUCGGUUUAUUUUUCGAGCACGUGUGGAGCCCCGACGGCGUAUUCAGGUGGUCUCCUCGUGUCUGCAGCUCUCAAGAGAGACACGCUCGCUGAAUUGCACGUGUAGCAACCGAGAAAAUGACCCUGCUACGCUGCUGUGGGACGUGGAAGAGGCCAAAUUCGACCGCGAGCUGUCACUACUCGACAAGUUAUCUUCUUUUGAAGAGCCGCAAUUGCCCGCUGCUGCAGCUGCAGCACAUGAUCGCUGCACGUGUGUGGGUAUCCGUGAGCUCAUCGCGUUGGAAGCUUUGCUACUGACGGACCUAGGCUACGCAUGCUGCGACGUCACCGACUGGGUGGCAGCAGAGUACCAUUAUCUUGAAUCCUUGCGACUGCAACGAGAGGUUCUAGGUUGGUCGGAGCACCCGCAAGUUGCUGAAGUGCUGAACCAGUUUGGGAUCUGUCUGAGUACUCGAUGGGGAUAUCUUGCGCACAAUGUCUGGUUGCUGCAGCACGCGGAGCGCCUGUUGAAAGGAGCACUUCAAAUGCGAAGCCGAGUGUUAAGCAAGAAUCACCCGGAAUAUGCAACGAGUCUGAACAACUUGGCCAAUUUUUACAAGAAUUACCCAACCGCUGGAAAGCGUCGAUCGCCGUCGGCAGCACAGCGUGAAGAAGCCCGAGAACCAAGAAAUCGACAUACGAGGGGAGGAAAAGCUGGAGGGCGGAGAGGUGGAGGCGUUCGAUCUAGCUCUAGUCCAAGCCCAAGCAGGUCCAAUACCAGCAAGCCACGUCCUGAUAUUGCUAGCAUGUAUCGUCAAUCGCUCAAGAUCCGGGAGAUAACCCUUGGAGAAAACCACCCACAAGUUGCCCAGUCACUGAAUAAUUUGGCGCUGUAUCUGUCCAACCAGCUCGAAACGCAGCAAUUGAGUGAGGAGGAGCUGGCUACGCAACGGGCCGAAAUCGGGCGUCUAUAUGAACGGGCACUGCGGAUUCGUCGGAGUAGGCUUGGCAACGCUAGUUUCGAGACAGCUGCGACGCUCAACAACAUGGGCAAUUUCAAGCGCCUAGCGAAAAAUUGGCGUGGAGCAGAGGAAAACAUCAAGGAGGCACUGCAGAUUACAGAUCGCUAUUUCAAUGACAUUAGCCCUCGCGCCGCGCGUAUAUUUAUCAAUCUCGCUCGUGUGUAUCGAGAUCAGAAACGCUACGAGGAGGCCAUUACUGCCUACAAGAAAGCACAAGAUAUCCGUCAGCAGCUCUUUCCGGACACCCGCGACGUUGGGUUUUGCGUCGAACAAAUUGGAAAAUGCUUACGCCUGCAAGGAAAAGAAGAAGAAGGAAAAGCUGUGGAAGAACGAGGAAGGCAGAUGAAAAAGCUUGGACUUUCAGCACUGGAACAAGACGAGAUGGGGCAAGAUGGAAGCAGCAGCAGCAUGAGUGGCGAGACCAACAGCUUUAAGCACGCAGUGCUAAGUGGUGAUAGCGUAGAGGGCUCUGUGUCCUCUGGUCACCUGUUUGCAAAGGUCAACGUGUACGACAGUGUUGACGCUGAGGCGCUUGUUUCACGCAAGUUCAAUUUCCCGGGUAAAUUGCUGGGCGAGCGUGGCCUACACUUUAAAAAGAUCGAGGCCAUUGCAUGCGCUCAGCUGCGCUACUUCGGACCAUGGCCACAGACAUUGAGUAAGUGGGGCAAGGGCCGGGCUGAUGGCAAGAAGGACACCCCUCCACAGUCGAUGCCGGAAGCCUACAUUCAGAUUACCAGCACGUCCGAGGCAGCUUUGGAACGUGCAAAAGAGCAAUCGGUGCAGCUUUUACGUGAGAUGAAACUUUCAUGGGAACGAUUUCUGGCUCGCACUGCCGCGCAUCAAGGCGGUGCUGGGCAUCGUGGCCAGCCACCUCCGCUUCAUCACCAACAUAGCCGAGGUGCUGGUGCCAGUCGUGGAGGAGGAAGGGGUCGGCAUUUACAUUUGCAUCGAUCUCCAAUGUCGACGCAACUUCCACGAUCAAAUAGCUCUGCAUCUACUGGUGCGUGGGGUGGUAUGGCGUGA